GUGACGAUGAUGGUGAAAUAUUUAUAAAUUGUGAUGACUUCAUCUUGUACAGGAAAACUGAAAAUAAACAUAUUUUAUGUCGGAAUAUAAUAAAUUUAAAGUGAAUUGCUAGGCUAGAAUUUUAAUAAAUUGUAUAUCAAGGACAUGUAAUUAGGUAUUGUGAACAUUGAACCAAAUACUACGGACAAAAUAACUACAUGGACCUAUUGAAGUGGUAUUAAAUAGUUCAUUUUAAAUUGUACCACGAAACUUGUUGGGAUGGACAACAAGAUGUACGCCUGAUGAAAUGGUGACACAUUUUCGUUGAAAGCGCACAAAUGACAACGUUAUGAAUCUGAUAAAAGACAACAUGCUGUAAUUAAAACAGAGAAUCUACUUUCGUCACAAAUAUACGAAGUUCUUUUUUAUUUCUCAUGCAUUAUCUUUUGAAAUGCCUUCUGUUUAUACUACAUUUCUAUUUACUGUAUCUUUGGCAUCUGCACUGAGAAGGAGUUGUGUAGUAGAAGAUAAAGACACGGUAAAAUGUAAUUAUUUUCCUAACAGUAUUUCAGAUGAGAUAUCGCGAGUCAGAGUAGUGGACUUUAUAGGACCUAAUGAAAGUAUGGUAAUAGACAGCACCGAUUUCAACGCUGAAGGCUGGAAAAACGUAAAAUACUUGGAAAUCAGUAAUUCAUUGUCAUAUUCGAAUUUGAAACUUAAAGCUAAAACCUUUUCUGACCUGAAGAGGUUGGUUGAAUUGCAGCUACAUCUAGAUCAUUUCCAUCUGGAUUCCGAUACGUUCGUGGGUCUUAAAUCGGUCAAGUCAUUAGAUUUUAGCGAUUGCUUUAGAGUAAGUUUUGGUACAUUAUUACAAAGUCUGAAUGGAACAGAUAAAUUACCGAGUUUAACUAGACUUACAAUGUCUAGGUUGAAUGAGUACCAUACUCCGAAUACGAUUGGUGAAAGUUUUGGACAAAUUCUACAACAAAAAAGACUGACCUAUUUAGAUAUGAGCAAUACAGGGAUAACAGCAUUUCAUUUUGUUAUAUUUAAAUACUUAAGGCAUUUGAAACUUUUCAAUAUAUCCGGUUCAACAGUUGGUGAAACUUUUACAGAUAACUUUGAUUUCUCUGACCUCAAAAACAUCGUUUUUGACUUAAGUGAAGUAAUUUUGCCACAGAGGAUGAGACCACCUCCAGGAAAACUUGUUAUUUCAAAUAGGGUUGUGAAAAACACAUCAGUUCACGCUGUGGGGUUCGUUCUCUUUAAAGAAGCUAAAAUCGUCAAUUUGUCUUCUAUUAUACCUACAAGAGCUAGUAUCUGGGUAUAUAAUACUACAAUCGUUAUAGAUAAACCUAUACAAGUUCUUGUUCAGCGUAUAAUAACAAAAGGCAACAACUUAAAGUAUUUAGAUUUGCGUGUAGACCAUUUCUGCAAAAACUGUAUUGUGUCCAGUUUAGAAGAAAUAGACUUCUCGUAUAAUGGACUACAGUUCAUAAAUCCUUUACUAGCAAAUUUUGCUCCAAACAUUAAAAUAUUGAAUUUGUCCUUUAAUCAGCUUUUUAAAAUGGCAAAAAAUAAUGACUCUUUAUUUAAAACUUCAUUAAACUCGUUGUCACAUUUACAAUAUAUAAGUUUGUCAGGAAACAACUUAAACACAGUCCCAAUGAAAAUGUUUGGUAGCAAUGUUGAUUUAGAGAUAAUUGAUCUAUCCAGUAACAAAUUGCGCCAGGUGACGUUUUUACUGAAACAUCUAGAAAAUCUUCAAGUUCUCGAUUUACGAAAUAAUUUUAUACACAUUCUUGAUGAAACAUCAAUAAGUCUUUUGGACUCGAUAUAUCAUAUACCGAGACACAAUGGCAGCUAUUCUGCAGUAUAUCUAAAAGGUAAUAACAUGUCAUGUUCUACAUGUGACGCUAAAACUUUCAUUAAAUGGCUACUAGAUACAAAUAUAGUAAACAUUACCUCGCAAAAUCUUACUUGCUCUAAUGAAGAUGGAAAGCAAAUAACAAUUGAACAGAGUACUCUAGAUCUACUGCAGGACUUAUGUUACUUUGAACUUUGCAAUGUUGUCAUAUGCCUCUCAGUUACGGUUUUGUCAGUUCUAACGGCUUUUGGUUCAGUUAAAGCAUGUAAAAAAUGGCACCGUGGUAAAGUAAUUAAACGACUUCAAGAUGGUCAUGGAAAAUACAAGUAUGCUGCACUUCUUGUUUAUCACCAUGAUGAUAACACAUUUGUUGAAGAUUACGUAGCUGGACCGCUGGAAACUGAAAUUAAAAACGUCAAGAAUAUAACUAGAAACCUGAUAGCAAAAAGCGAAGACGUGUGUCCAGGACAUAAUUUUAUUUCAGAACUAAAUGAAGUUAUAAAUACAACGCCAGUUGUUAUCGCUAUCGUGUCAAGAAAUGUCUUUGAUGAUGCUAUAUUCAGCGUCGUCAUUGAAGGAGCCAGAGAUAAUGGAAAACCGAUCAUAUUUUUUCUUAAAAUUGAACCGUCUGGCCUUGAUAGGGAGAAAUUGACACCUGGAGUGAGACAACUUCUCAAAAUAAAACCAAAAUUCGUAUGGAGACAAAAAAACGAAGAAUAUAUUAUGGAAUCAACAUGGCAAAAUAUUUGCACUACCAUUUUAGACUAUGCGUAAUAGGUAAUAUUGCUGUCGAAUUUAUUGGUGAGAUUGUUAAUAGGUCAGAAUAUUUCUAUAGUGGAUUACACAAAAAAGGAAAAUGAUAGACAGCAAACCUAUAUUUUGUACAGACACUACUUUAAGGAUGAUACAAAAUAACGUCUUUUGGUAUCCAUCGUACGGAUAGCAUGUGGUCCGUAUAUUCUAGGUACACAUGUAUUCAGCAGCAUCGACUAUAAUUGUAAUUUGAUUUAUUACCUUUAAAUAAUAUUCGCUUUUCAUUUAUAGCAAAUACGUUUCUAAAGAGGUAGGUUACCUUACUAUUUGUAUGUGCGCAUGUCCAACCGGAAGCUAAUGUGACGAUUUACGACGACGUUCAAACUAAAUGUGAUUAUCCACUCUUCUGAACAUAAAUCAUCUCCGUUAUGAUGCUUAAUGGUUUAUUCUUGCAUAAAAACUACUUUUUUCACUGGAUCCGCCCAUUUAUUAACGGGAGAAAAAUCGUGUGCAAACAAGGCAAUUCACGUGCUGUUAAUACCCGAUUUUUAUUUUUGAAAUGCUUUGCCAGGGACAUAUGUAUGCAUUUUUGCGCACACUGAUAUUUGGCAUCUGCGUCUUGUUUCUUCCAUAACAACCUCUUCUUGUAGCAUUAUAGAUACAAUGUAAUCCAUAGUAUGUUUAGCUGUAUCAGUUUCCAACCCCAAACGUACUGCCCCCAUCAAUGUACGCACUAGCUUCUCUAGAGUUCACUCCCUUUACAAAGCGCCUGUUCAGUUAUUGUAAAUAACUGUGAAUAAAUAAGUAUCGCGUGUAACUUGUGCUAUUGCUCGUUUUUAGCUCGACUAUACGAAGUAUAAGGAGAGCUAUCCUACUCGCCCCGGCGUCGGCGUCGGCGUCUUUCCGCGUCCCCACCUUGGUUAAAGAUUUGGUGCACUUUCUCUUUUUUCAACUUAUCUCUGUAAUUACUUGAUGGAUUUGAUUCAGUCUUGAAAUACUUAUUCCUCAUCAUCAUCCACAUCAUCUGACAUAAGGGCCAUAACUCUGGCACCAAUAUUUCAUGAAUUAUCCCCCCUUUUCACUUAGAUUUUCAGGUUAAAGUUUGGAUGCACUUUCACUCUAUCUCUGUUAUUACUGAAUGGAUUUGAUUCAAACUUAAAAUAGUUGUUCAACAUCAUCACCCACAUUAUAUGACACAAGGUGCAUAACUCUGGCACCAUUUUUCAUGAUUUAUUCCCCCUUUUUUACUUAGAAUUUCAGGUUAAAGUUUGGUGCACUUUCACUCUACCUCUGUCAUUACUGAAUGGAUUUGAUUCAAACUUGAAAUAGUUGUUCAGCAUCAUCACCCACAUCAUAUGACACAAGGUGCGUAACUCUGGCACAAUUUUUCAUGAAUUAUUCCCCUUUCUACUUAGAAUUUCAGGUUAGAGUUUUAUGCACUUUCACUCUAUCUCUGUUAUUACUGAAUGGAUCUGAUUCAAACUUAAACAAUUGUUCAACAUCAUUACCCUUAUCAUAUGACACAAGGUGCAUAACUCUGGGACCAAUUUUUCAUGAAUUAUUUCCCCUUUUUACUUAGAAUUUUAGGUCAAAGUUUUGAUGCACUUUCACUCUGUCUCUUUUAUUACUGAAUGGAUUUGAUUCAAACUUAAAAGAGUUCUUCAACAUCAUCACCCACACCAUAUGACGCAAGGUGCCUAACUCUGGCAUCAAUUUUUUUAUUAAUUAUUCCCCCUUUUUACUUAGAAUUUUAGGUUAAAGUUUUGAUGCACUUUCACUCUGUCUCUGUUAUUACUGAAUGGAUUUGAUUCAAACUUAAAAUAGUUGUUUAACAUCAUCACCCACACUAUAUGACACAAGCUGCAUAACUCUGGCACCAAUAUUUAAUGAAUUAUACCCCUUUUUGCUUAGGAUAUACUUAUAUAGUGUUUUGAUACAUUUUAUCUUUACCUCUCUUAUUACUUUAAGUUGAUAUUUUUGACAUAGACUCAGACUAUUGUGCAAUAUCUUCAUCCACAAUUGGAGUCAUUAAACACUCCAGUGACAGCUCUAGUUUCCUCAGAUGUGCCCAGUUUCACUAUCCAGCAUCGAAAUAGUCGAGCGCGCUGUCUCCUGUGACAGCUGUUGUUAGGAAUCAUAUUUAUGAUUUUGGUAAGUGUCAGUCUGUAUGUUUUUAUCUAAUUUCUCGAAGAAUUUAUAUAAACAGCUUGGAAGCUAAACACUAUGUUCGUACUCAUCCGUACACCAACAGCUUGUCCGUACUCAAUAUAACUCGAAUGUAAAGUUAUUAUUCUUGAAAUUGUGAUCGAGUCCAAAAAUUGUGAAAUGAUAUAAACAAUUAUUGGUAAUUUUAUGUUUGUAAUAAUGAGAGAUAAACAAAUCGCUUAAAAACCUUCAGGAUGUACUUUUGAUAGUGUUGUUUAUUUCCGGGCUCUGGAUACGGAUAUUUAAAACAUGUUUACCGUUUCCAAGAACAAAAGGAAUGGUAAAUAAUAAAUGUACCGGAAUCGUCAAGUCAUCACAUAUGAAAACAAUACAUAAAUCGUCGUGAAAUAUUUUUUUAUGCA